GGACGCUGGCGCGUCGCGUUCGUCUAUAAGCUUCUCCUUGGCUGCUUUCGACUUUAGGCGAGACUCAGAGUCAUCUGUUCGACAACAAGAUCCGUUUUUUAUCUCCGUCUCUCUGAUGGCUGCGAAACCCAUUACCAGUCCGGUACCCGUUUCGUGGUACCCGACCCUGUCUGUGUUCAUGCUGGCCAUUGGCCUCGUCCUGACUGCCUCUUUCUUCAUAUAUGAAACGACUUCUUCUCGGAAAAGCCGUUCUCUUGCCAAGGAGCUGACAACUGCAGCCGUGGCAUCGUUCUUCUUGGGUUUUGGGUCCUUGUUCCUCCUACUUGCUUCUGGGGUUUACGUCUAGCUUGUCAUUUGAAGACGAAUUGGAUUCAAAAUUUUGUUAAGCGGAUCUCUUCAAAGGAUUAGUAGUCACCUUUGUUGUUAGUUUGAUCUCUAAGUGCUAUGGACUAUGUAAUUGCUGAAGAGGAUGAUGAACUGAUUAUAUUGUUUAUCUUUGAGAAAAUAGUUAUCAAUUUGGGCUACAACUAAACAUGAUUUAAACCAUAAUAAUCAAGACUUAUAAAUAAUAACGACUUCUUAUUAUGUCUCGUAAA